UGUUCUUCCACGUUAAAUCAGGGACAUACACAAGCUCCGAACAAGUUUGCGUUUACCUUAAAAAUAAACGCACAACAAGUAAUUCAUUAAAAUAUCACGUUAGGAAUAGGAAGUGACAUUUCUAGAGCAACAACUGAUUAUGGCUUCCGACCAAGCAGCAACAACAGUCCCUUUGGAUUGUUGGGAGGACAACGAGAAAAAACGUGUAGUCUUGGCGGAAGCAAGUGGAGACUUCAUAGAUGUUCUCUUUAGUUUCCUCACUCUUCCAUUGGGAACUAUCGUCCGGCUUGGGAUCAAUUUUCAACUAUCAGUAGAGAUGGGUAGCAUCAAGAAACUGUACGAGAGUGUGCAAAAUUUGGGAUCUGAUGUUUUCUGGAACGACAUCUGCAAGCAAAUGUUGCUUAAUCCCCGCAAUCCGUUAGAAGCCUCAUGCCAGAGACUAAAAGUGAAGGUGGAUGAUACAAAUCCCACAAAGUAUUUCAUUUGUCACAGCUGUUCAACGGAAAAGAAUUUGUUGCUGAGUACCUUUGAUGGGGGAAGGUGCUACUGUGGGAAAUUGAUGAGAAAAAACAUGGAUCUGCUGGUAGAAUCCAAGGAAGAAACUGCUGCAGAAAAUGGUGUUUUUGUUAAAGGGGAUGCCAAGUUCUUGAUCUUUGAUGACUUGACAGUGCUCCGAAGCACUCCAAGUAAAUCCGUCCAAAAAUUCCUCGAACAUCGACGCAAAGACUUCGAGAUCCCUACAAUUUCUAAAGAUGUUGACAUGAAGGAGAUAUUUAGCAUACUAAAGCAAGCAUUAAUCUCCAAAUCUCCUCUAAGUGAAGUAUUCUUCAAAAAAGAAGGAUCUAAGUCAUGCUCUUGCCCAUACUCUUGCCCUUGCUCACGAAAUACCAACCCAAUUCAUUGGAAAGAUUCUAUAAAAAUCAAGGUAAUGGUGAACAAAUCAAAUAAUAAGAUUGUGUUGGCCGAAGCAGAUGGAGAUUUUGUUGAUUUUCUUUUCAGCUUCCUCACAACACCCCUUGGAUCUAUUCUGAACCUUACUAACGGCAAAUUUCCCUUGGGAAGCAUUGGUAACUUGUACAGAAGUGUGAAGCGUCUCGAUCCAUCAUGGUUCAAAGGGUCAUCUAAGGAAUCCUUACUGAAUCUGAGGGUGGCUCCUCAUUUUGGUUGCAAGAGCAGCCCAUUUCAAGAAGACCACACUCCUAAUUAUUGGUAUGGCACUGUAGCAGGGAAAGAUAAUAAUGAGGGGCGUACAAUGAUUUCAAAGAAAAAGGAUAUGUUACAAACAGCAAAAGAACUGAAACUUUUUGACCCAAGAUGUUCUGAUGGAGCAAAAGAACCUGGUGUGGGAUUUGUGAAGAGGCCGUGUCUAUUUGUUGUGAAGGAUGAUCUGGAAGUGAUACAAAUGACAACUACUUCUAGCAUUGAGUAUCUGAGAGAUGAGAAAGUCAAGGUGGGUGAUUUGGAGGAGCAUUUGGUGGAAAUCAGGUCAAAUGAGGUAAUGAACCUGUUGAGGGCUUCUUUGACAUCCAAUGAAGCUACUUUGACACGGAGCCUAGGCUGCCUAUUGAUGAAGUGGAAAUGCCAAAGAUGCAUUCCAUUAUGGGGUAGAUUGCAACGGAUGAAAAAGAUACACAGGAAGAAAAAAGAAAACGGAGAGAAUUCCUGCAAUAUAUUAUGUUGUUGCUCUGUGUGUGAUAAGUGAAUUCGAUGGUCAUGUAAUAUUUCAUUCUCUUGUUUCUCUUGAUUCUACAAGUGUUAUUAGAAUAUUAGGUCUCUAGAAUUGAUCUAUUUUGGUGUUAUCAUGCACAUCAGUCGUGUUAGAACAAUUAUAUAAACUUUUAGUAAGUGUAAUAUGUGUGUAUUUAAUGCUAUUAAUUUCAUAUUCAUAUGCAUAUUAAAUA